UUAUCAAGGUAAAGCAAAUUAUUCCUUUCUUCUGGUCAAGGCAAGCAAUGUUACUUUUUUAUUUUUCUAUUAUAGAGAUUCAUGAAGAAGCUAAGUCUAAUAUUUCUAUAUAAAAUGGUAGUUACUUUGGAAGCAUGGAUAACAAAUUUUUGAGAAGAAAUGGCUAUGUUUAUAAGGCAGGAUCCUGAAAAAUCCCGCGAAAAUACUAUGAAGGCAGCUCAAAUACAUCUAGUUGUGGCUGCUUUAAUAAUGACAGUGACAUUCACAGCUGGUUUUACAUUACCUGGAGGUUUUGACAGUGAUAGAGUUAGCCCUGAUAAAGGGAUGGCGAUUCUAUUGAAGAGUACAUCAUUUGGUGUAUUUGUUGUUACAAAUGCCAUCGCGUUUACAAGUUCAGCUGCUGCUGUAUUUACUCACUUUGCCAUGGGAGCAAGUAUAACAUAUGUACCAGGGUCAGUUGCAGGGUUAAUGGUUACAGAGUUAGAAGUUAUACUAAGACUUCAUAAGAUUGCAAUUUAUUUGCAGUUUGUGGCAAUGUCAGCUGUUGUUAUUGCAUUUGUAACUGGUAUGUAUGCUACUUUAGCACAUUCUGUUGGUCUAGCAGCUAUUGUUUGUAUUGUAGGUUGCAUCUCUUUUGUUUUGUAUGUAUUGGUUAUUGUAGUCUGGUUACAACUGGUGUAACGUAACAUAACAUAAUGUUACUGUUUGGUUAUUGUGUUUUGGUUAGAGGGAUUCGGCUCCUCUCUAUUUCU